UAGAAAAUAGGGGUGUCAAACCGGUCAAAUUUUGGUAACAAGUUACUCUGAUAUCUGUAACAGGGAAAUAUAUCAGUUUUAUCAAAUUGAUAGAAUCCAAUAUCUUAUCGGGGAAAAAUAUGAUAAAAUGUUAUUAUAAAUUCAAACAAUAAUUGCCCGAUACGAGUAUACACUAUCAGCUAGGUAAAUUGUCAAGGUCACUGAGUCGUAUGUGAUUGUGGAUAGGUGCACAUACACUAGGUGACCUAGACUACCAGCAAAAUAUUCUGCACAUAUAGAUUCUAUAAUGAAAGGAACUGUAAACGGAGCGAGGUGUUCCGAACGCAACAAUGUACCCGAGGUGUUUCGAAUAACCAUUGGCUGAAAUACACAUAUUUGGACUUAUUACCAACUUCGGAAACAACAAUUGUAUAAAAAAAAAAAUCAUAAUCUAUCGACAUUCAGAAAAAGACUGCAUUAAUACAACGCGUAGCAGGACAAAUCAUCAUCAACCUGAUGAGGGAGACUACACCUUUCCGACGAUGGAGUAAUCCCUGCUGAUCACAUCAAAAUGGCAUCCUCCAUUACCGGGAGUAAGGACAGCGAGCUAGGCCAGGAUGCUGCCUCGGAAACAGAGAUAGAUGACGAACAUGACCUUCCUCUAGACUACGAGCUCAAUGUUACCCUAGAUAAGAUUGCCCAGCAACUCACCGACAAGGAUUUAGACAGGAUGAAGUUUCUCUAUUCAGGAGAAUGCGGAUUAGGUCGCCGUGUCCAGAAAGAAAUCACAACUCCUCUGCAAUUUUUUGAUCACAUGAAGCGUUCAAGGCGCCUUGACAGGAAUAAUCUGCUUCACGUCCAGGCUUUAUUAUGGAACCUUGGAAAAAAAGAUUUGUACAAAAUAUUUGUGGAAUUUGCAAGGCAAUGUAACCGGGCUCCUCUACACUUUUACUCUAACGACAUAGAUGAAGGUGACACAGAGCGCUCGCCUGUCAGGUUCCAUAUCUCGGGAGUCACGACAGACCGCCGACAGAUCCAGAAACUUCAGGGACUCCUGGCAAAGCUCCUCGUUACACCAGAGGCGACUAUUGCCUUGAACGGAGUAAAACCUUUCCACAGCAUUGUAGUCACCUUCCUCAUACCGAACAGUGCAGUGGCCAUCCUCAAGGAUCUCACGUCAGAAGAGAAAGGGCUUCUUCAACAGUGUGACGUCGAUUGUGUGUUUAUCGGUGAAUUCAAAAUCAGUAUCAAAGAUGAAAAAUUUGAAACCCCAGAAAAAUUAAAUGAACGUGAUGAAGUAAACAAGCUGCUAAACAGGAACAAACAGCUACAGAAAGAUCUCGAAGACACUGAGACACGAUUGAUCCGUAGAGAGAAAGAACUGGUCAGUCUCCAGCCGGCUGUCAGUGGUUCGGAUACACCUGAUAAAAGUCGGUGUAUUUACAGGCGAUCAACCAGUGGUUCCAAGAUGAAAAUUCGGAGAGCAUCGAGUCAUUAUGACGUACUGAAUGAAAUAUCUCUCCGUCUGUCGGAUGAGCAUAGGACAAAGUUAUCAGUGGGAUACACCUUUACAACAGAGGAAGAAGACCAGCUACAACAAAACAAACAUCAUGUGCUCCGAGUGUUGAUUGAUAAAGAUAUCAAAGUCGAUAUAAGAAACCGAGUCCUUAAGUUGCUAAGGAAACUGGAUGACGAUUCAAUUCUAGAAGAAGCAGAACUUUAUCUAAGCAAACUUCCGGAAAUAGAUAUAGAUUUGGUAGAAGAGCCGACGUUUGACGAGGAACCGGAACCAGAUGCACCAAGAAUCAUUAGCAACUGAACGUGUUACAUUGAUACAAAACAAAUAUGUUUUUUAGAUUAUAGAAACACAAUUUUUAUGCCGUUUGUGGUGGUUUAAAGAAACAUUUAUUUUCUUCAACAUCAUAAGAUUCACUCGUAGGAGGUCAGUGGUAACAAUACACGUUACAAUUGGAUGAGAAUGUGUGCCUUUCAAGUGUUACCAUAUUGUUGAUUCAUUUGGAAGUGAUAACUUGUAAAUAACUUGUGUUAUCCUGUAAUAAUAUGAUAAUGAUUUGACUUAAUUACCAUAACACUGUAAAACAUCCUUGAAGGAUUUUUUUCUCUCCAGAACGUCGGAGAUCGUAAUGUGCAAAUAUAGCGAAUCUGAAAUAAACAUUUAUAUGUUUAGUUAUUUUGUAAAACACUGAAAGUAGAGUAAUGUAAGAAUAAUCUACUGAUGUGUUUGUAUUUAGAUGUAUAGCCAGGGUGGAAAAUAUUGGAAAUUUGUUAACAAAAGCCGUUUCGGCUACAGUCAGAAUUGUUUUCUUUCAACAUUUUCGAAAUGCUAUCAAUACCCUACUCGUGAAGGUUAAACCCUAAAUCUAUUUUGUAGGAAUACCUGUUACAUAAUAUAGAUCCAUGCACUUAUUGACUUUAACGCAAUAACUAUUUCUGACUCGUUGUAUAUUGUUAAGUCAGUAUUGUUAAUUGAGUUGAAAACAUCACUUAAACGUAUGUAUGUGUCCAAAAUCUAUUAAUGUUUAUCAUCAGUAGAUGUGUUAUGCAUUACAAAUAUAUAAAUGAUAUUCCAGAGUGUCGGUAUAAACGUUUAUUAUUAUAGUUGA